AUGUUGUCUUCUCGCCUUACUGAUCCUUCGAACGACAUUCACCUGAGAGGAGUGUUAUCGUUUGAGGAGAUGGAACGACUCAAGCAAUCAGUUAAGAGUACCUUGAUUUCAAAAGAAACGUCCUUUUAUCAUGGAAAAGAUAUGAAGGAUGAGAAGGUUGCUGCUUCCUCGAUGAUGAAUCCUAUUGGAUCCAAUACCUAUACCGACAUUGAUUCUCCAUUUGGGGCAGAUCAAGAACUGAAAGAAAACAUCAUUCCCAAGUAUAUUCGUGCUGCUAAGGAACAGAUAUUGGCUUCCGAAGGAUGGAACGAUCUUAAGAAUGAAAUAAGGAAGAGAGUUCAAUCCGUUGUUGAUGAGCAAAUCGUAUUACGGAAGGAAAUAUCAGAUUAUAUGCUUGAAAGUGGUGGUUCUGUGCGUAUGACCUACAAUCAACGUAAGAGGGCCAAGGAACUUCUCAAGAAUUGCAUUAUUGAUGAUAAGAAGUACACGGAUCUACUUCAAGAGGCGGGAGACUUAAUGGCACAAAAUCCUGACCUAACCUCGCUCUCGUACACUCUUGCCAGUAAGAUUGAUACCCCACAACAAGGGCAGAAAAAGGAAUCGGAAGCAGUGAUAGCCAAAAUAUUAAGCUUUUAUCCAUGGUCAGUCAUGAGGAAUAAUCUUUCUAAAUGUUUACUUCAUUCUUUUCCGAAGACGGUUCGAAAAGCGUUAUGGAAUUCAGCAUUUCAGGAUGAGAACAACAAGGUCUUACUCGAUGCAUUCAUGGAAAAGAAAAACUCCUCAUCUGAAUCAUUGAUUCUUCCAAAGGAAUAUUACCAAAUUAUUGACAAUGCUGUUAAAAGGAAAGUUGAAGAGCAUCCGAUAAUCAAGGAGUAUAAUGAAGGAAAGCUUCUGAAUGAGGUACUUAAGGUGACUGUAGAAUUUAUUCUUUACAGAAUGAAAGAGCCUGAAGUGAACGACCUUUCUAUGGUGACUGACAUGGUGAAUGUUGAUCCGAAUGAGCCACUCACAGAUGAGCUAAGAACAAAAAUUAUUCUCAAGAUUAUCGAAAGAUAUGCAUCAUAUAUUGUGGACAUAUUUGAUUUAUUUGCCUUCCUUUAUGGAUGGGAAGAUGUAUCCACAAAGUAUAACCAGACUCCCAUACAAUUCUACACAGAAAAAAUAUGCUCCUUAAUAAUCUAUCAAUUUGUUUCGGCCUUUCAAAUCGAUCCAUUCGAAGAUCCUGAAUUGUACUAUAAGAUGACACUUGUACCACAAACAGUAGUUAGAUCCUUCAUUCAAGCCAUAGAAAAGAAAGAUGCGACAAUACUUUCACAUUUGAAUUCUCUACCAAAUGGUGUUGAAGAUUUCCUAAAGCCAGUUACACGACUAGGUAUUUCCUACUGCGACCACACCAUCACAUGUUUUCUAAUUGAGCAGCUGUUAUUUUCAAAUUUCAAAGAUGUUGUAUUUGGAGUAUUUAUGUCCUCAAUUGCGUUGGCACUCAGACAACACCUACUGAAAUGUGAAACCGCUGUUUCACUUCAUACUCUUUGUAAAAUGAACUCCUCAAUUCUACUCGUAGACUCUCUAAUUGAUAUUAUGGAAAAUAACUUUAGGAAAUACCUUCACGAUGUAUUGGGGGUUGAUAUUUAUCCAAAAGAAUUUAUUGAAAUCACGGGAUUGUCACAUGAGAAGACAACACUCUUGUUUACUCAAGACACAUCAUCUCUUGCUCCUCCUGAUAAAUUGUCCUCCUUAAAGGCAGCCCUUCAACAAGAAUUAGAUCAAAGGGACGAGAAGGAAAUGUUGUUCAUUUGGAAUGAUAUUUGGGACAAAAUUGAAAAAGAAACCACCAUUGACAUCCCCUUCAAAGAGUCCAAUUAUAGACUUACCCUUCCUUCCAAACGAUCAAAUCUUUGGAAAGAAACUUCGUUCUAUGAUCUCUCUGAAACUAUUAUGCAGUUCUCUUCGAACAAGUUGCUCUGCAUUGAGUUGGCAAAGAAAAAUGUUUUGGAAGAAUUUAAGCAAGUUGUGUCACAGCACUUAAAGGAAACAGGAAUGUUCAAACCAACCGAUUUUUCUUCUGAUAUUGACAAUGGAUCAGUGAUUGAGGUGGCAUAUUCUUUUAUGGGCUACACAUUCAAAACUAAAUUUUUAGAGGAACAAUUACAAACUUCUGAUUAUGAAGCCAUUCUUGAAACAUUGAAAAGUAGACUCAAGUUGCUGGAUUCUUUUGCUUAUGGAAGUGAUAUCCAAGAGACAGCUUUGAAAUUUGCAAAGCAGUUUGAACAGCAAGAACGAGCCAAACUUGAAAAUUAUCAACGAGAAAAGGAACAACGAAUGUUGAAAAUAACACAAGAGCUUGAAAAUGAGAGCAUGAUGUACUUUUCGAAGGUUCUCAAAAUUUCCAUGAAAGGAGUUUCUCUGUUCUUUAAAGGAACUGAGCAAGAAAUUCAAAAGAUCGAAAAACAGGUUCAAGAAGAAAAAGAAGAACGUGCUAUUAGAAAGGAAGCCUUGGGAAGAUCCAUUAGCACGUAUGAGUACAAUAGAAUUCCAAAGAAGUACAAACAAAAAUAUGACAAGGUUAUCGAGAAGAAAAAAGCAACAAAUUCACAAAAGACAAAGAAGUAUGCAGGAAUUUGGCAAAACACAGCAAAGAACAAAUAA